AAUAUCAAAGCUGUAUAGAUUCAUAAUUCUUCUUCUCGCUAUAAAUAUUGGACGCGACGGUGCGUUUGUCAUCAGAACACAAAUUGUGAUCAGUGAUAACACAUCAACUAAGAAACAAAUCAAAAUGAAUAAAAUUGCUAUUGCUUUCUUCGCUCUCAUUGCUGUUUCCGCUGCCGCCCUUCUUCCAGGCGCUCCAGCUCCACCAAGUGGUGACGCCACAGCUCAAACUCUGAGAUUCGAUUCUGCCGUCAACCCAAACUCCUACCAAUAUGCCUAUGAAACAUCAAACGGUAUCAACGCCCAAGAACAAGGUCAAUUGAAACAAGUUGGACAGGAGUCUGGUAUUGCCGCUCAAGGUGGAUACUCAUACAUAUCUCCAGAGGGUACACAAAUCCAAGUCACAUACGUUGCCGACGAAAAUGGUUUCCAACCACAAGGGGACAUCAUUCCAACUCCACCACCACUCCCAUCACAUGUCGAAAAAUUAUUGAAAUACCUUGCUGAACACGCUCCAGUACAACAAUCAACUUAAACAAACGCAUACCGUUUUAGCUUUAGCCAAUUUUCUUAUGAUAGUCAUUGGAAAAUCCCACUCGAACCACAUCCAUUUAAAAAACAAUAGCUAAUUUAAUUUAAUUCAUAAAUGAAAUAAAUUAAUAAAUCUUUGACUGAAAUUGAA